ACAGAAGGGAUGGUAGGAAAUUGGCAAGAGUGCCACAAUAGCAGAGAAGUUAACAUCUGGAGAGUUGGCGGGCACUGUCCUCCUGGCACACAUCAUGAUCAAGAGGCACAUCUAUUAGGUUUGAAUAAGAUGGACAAGAGAGAAUUAAAAAAAUGAAGGAUCAGUAGAGAAAUAGGGACUUUUUGGGGAGCAUUAUUUGUGCUCCAGGAGUCCUCUUUCCAGAUGGGCAAUAGAUUGGACACUGGUGACAGAGGGAUCUUCAAGUGACAGUUGACUAGAGCGCCUACCAAGCUGUGGGAUGCCCUGUCUGGGAGGAGCCACGGAUAGGCUGGCCAGAUUUUAGCACCUUAGCGGGUAGUUCUCUGCUAUGAGUCCUGACUUUCUUUACUUAUGAAAUGAAAGCUAUUUUUUUCCUUCCCCCUUCUCCACAGGGAUUUUAUGGUUCACAGAAUAAUAAAUAUGAUGAAUUCUGAGCUCUGUGGAGGAACUACCUUGAGUUAGUUCAAAGUGUCUAUAGUGACCAAAGUUUUGGGAUACGUUCAAGAAACAGCAUAUCGAAUUGAUCACUUAUACUUGCAAAAUAGUAUGUGGAAGAAAAGUCAGGGAAAGGAAUAUACACUUUGCUUGACUUAGGUGUUAGAGGCUUAGGUAUAGAAAUCUCAGACCUUCACGUUCUUGCAAAGUAUAAUCUGUACCUGUGUGUCCUUACUGUGAAAGGCCAAUGGGAAACUUCAUACAUCAUGAUAAUAUGCGGAUUCCUGCUGAAAUUCACAUAGAAAUGUUUUCAUUCUUAUGUUGUUGCUCUUUCAUUAUUGAUCUUGAUCUCCGUCAGUAUUGAUGCAAUAGUUUCCUUGGCAAAGAAGAAGUUGGCAUCAGGGUUUUGUGUUCAGUUAAACAGCUGUAGCCUGAACAAAAUUAUACUAGCCUGUGAGGUUAAGAAGCACCAGGCUAUUGAGGGUAAUAGAUAAAUCAUAGAAUAUAAAAAAAUAAUAGCACUGGUUCUGAACUUUGGGCCCAAAGGGUCUGGGAAAUGAGUGAUUCACACUUUAUUCAUCAGAGGCAAUAAAUGAUGAGAAAGAGUACAAAAUGGGAAUUUCAGGUAAUCCCAUAAGUCAUUCCAAGAUAUGUGAGAUUUUCACUUUUAAUGAAUUUUAAAAAUUACAAAAAUAAUAAGAUCGCAUUACAGAAUACUUGGAAAAAACAAAAAGGAGCCAUUUCUAAUUUUUUGUCUACGUAGUUUUUUACAUAGUUGUACUCAUACAGUAUAUACUCCCUUCUAACUUCCUCCUCGGCUUUCCUUUGGAAUCUUCUUUGUUAGUAUUUUUCAACAGGUACAUAUUGCCCAUAUAAUAAUUUAUUACUUCUCUAAUAAUAGCCUUUAAGCUAAUUCCUAAUGUACUAUAUAAUUUUGAUACGAAUAUCUUGUUAUAUGAAUUAGCGUCGUACAUAAGGUGUUUUUUGGGGCAAGAGUUCUAGAUGUGAUCUUUCUGGGUCCCAGGGUUGUAAAGCCUUCUAUGACAGCAUUUUACUCUUAGGCGAGUAACACAGUCUCCAUUUCACCAGAGCUGUGAAGUUCCUGAGUCUAGGCCUCAAGUGACCUUGCAGCCUCGAACCUCCCCCUCAUGUAACACUACCCAAACCACCAUCCUGGGAGGAAAGACCAUGUAGAGAGAGACCAGCCAACCUUCAGAACCACACAGCCAACCCUCAGGAUUUAUUUACUUAAAAUGGCCAGAUAAAUUUUGUGCUUGGAUUACAGCAAUUCCAGAUUUAAUAUCUAAACAUAAUGACCUUAUCUCAGAAAAGUUUGAGUUAUCAUACCUUCAAGGAUAUUACAGAAAUGCCCGGGCAUCUUUCUCAUUAAGUAAAUCAUACGCAAUUUGUGUAGAGAAGGAUGUAGAGGCCUCGUCGGCACUGGAAGCCUGCAGUUGCUUUGGCUGUGUAGACCUACUACUGCCCUGAAAGCUGGCUGGAAGAAAAAUGGGUCUUCGCUCAGCGUUUAUAAAUAACUUCACUGAAGGGACAUGAAAACGAAAUAAAUAAUAGCAAAAUGAGACCUCAGUAGUAAAUGAAUUUGAGAUUAUUCUGGAGAGGACCUCCGGCAGGAUGGAGACACCGUGGGCCUCGGAAUCAGACAGACUCUCCCCAGAAUUCCAGUUUUUCUACUCAGCCCGUGACUCUGGGCAAGUUUUGACCUUUUUGGCUCAGUUAUUGUAUAGAAUGAUGGUUAAUAAUGUCUUAAAUAAAAAGAAGGUAUAUAACAAAGUACCCAGCCCACAGGGAGUGCCCAAUAAGUAGCCAUUUCUUCCCUCCUUUAUUCAUGGCACACAUUGAUAAUGUAAAGAAUAUCUCAGAAGGAAUACUUAAAAUAUAUUAAGUCAAAAUGCUUUUAGGGGCACUUGGGUGGCUCAGUUGGUUAAGCAGCUGACUUCGGCUCAGGUCAUGAUCUCACGGUCCGUGAGUUCAAGCCCCAUGUUGGGCUCUGUGCUGACAGCUCGGAGCCUUGAGACUGCUUUGGAUUCUGUGUCUCCCUCUCUCUCUGCCCCACCCCUGCUUGUGCUCUGUCUCUCUUUCAAAAAUAAACACUAAAAAAUAAAUUUAAAAAAAUGCUUUUAAAAGACUCUCAUUAUUUAUUUAUUUGAGAGAGAGAGUGCCCAGGCACGAGCAGGGGAGGGGCAGGGGGAGAGAGAAUCUUAAGCAGGCUCCACGCCCAACCCAAAGCUCCAUCCCACAUCCAUGAGAUUGUGACCUGAGCCAAAAUCAAGAGUUGGAUACUUAACCGACUGAGCCACCCAGGCGCCCCUAAAAGGCUCUCGUUUUAGUUCAAGGGAUUACAUACAUAGGAUUUUUAUAACUUUCUGUGAGGUUCUAUUCACUUAGAAAUAAGUUGAAAAGAAAAAAGGCAACGCUAUAUAAAUGAGUCAGGUGUGGAGGGUUCAGUUAGUUGGUUUCUUCCACUUAAGCCACAUAUUUUCUGUCUUCAGUUUUCUCCCCUAAAAUGCAAUAGUGAAAUUCCUUAAGCUACCAGAAUACUUGUUCCAUGGAUGAGCAGCUGUGGCUCCCCUUUCAGGGAAAACAUAACAGGUUGAGUAGUGGGUUUGGGGUUUUUUGUUUUUUCUUCCAAGUAACUUAAUCAAGAGGAAAGGAUUAAAGGUUAAAAUGUUAGUACUGGUAGACAUUUCCUGUCAAAUAAAUAUAUUCUUGGUUCUGAUAUAUGCAAGUAAUAAAAACCAAUCUCUGACUCAUACAGUUCGUUAUCCAACUAAAUUUUUAAUGAACGCUCAUUAUGUUCAAGGUGUAUGUAAAAAAGAAAACAAAACAAAACAAAACAGUAGAUCUUUACAGCCCCAUAGACCUGUGUUCAAAUUUUCAUUGGCCUCACACCUUACAAGUUGAGAAACUGGUGAGACUCACAGUGAAGAUUUCUGACCUUCAGUGAAUCCUCACAGAGAUUCUGUGUGGAAAAGAAUGAGAAAAUAAACUGAAUUACGCAUUGCCUCACAAUGAAUAACCCCCAAAUUUAGUGGCUUAAAAUAGCAUCAGAUGAUAAUGCCACGUAAUUCCGAGGGUUGGCUCGUCUCUCCACGUGGUCUUUCUUCCCAGGAUGGUGGGCUAGGGUAAGGUGCCCAGGGGGUGAAGACCGAAGCUUUCAGGGCUGCUUGGGGCCUAGACUCAGGAAUUUAAACCCUGUCACUGUGGCCAUAUUUUAUUGGCCACAAGUUUAGUUUGGAUUGAGGGCUGUGGAGAAGAAAUGGAGCCACUGCAUGGGGUGGGGUAGGGGUGGGGGCUGUCGCAGAGUCACAUCGCAAAGAGGUGUGUGCUGGGAUGGAAGGAGUUUGUGGUCAUCGACCAGAUUCAGCUGGCCCGGCAAUUUGUUACAGGUGCUCAACCAGUUUUAAGACACUUCUUAUCCUCCCUCCAGUAAUCAUUCAGAGUUGAAUGUGAAGGUACAGUUCUGGUGGAGCUUAGGUUUUGGUGUCAUCAUCUAUAAUGCACACUUUAUUUUUUAUUUUUUUUAAAGACUCUUUUUUUUUUUUUAAUGUUUUAUUUAUUUUUGAGACAGAGAGAGAGAGAGCAUGAGCAGGGGAGAGGCAGAGAGAGAAGCAGACACAGAAUCCGAGGCAGGCUCCAGGUUCUGAGCUGUCAGCACGGAGUCUGACCAGGGCCUCUAACUCACAAACUGCGAGAUCAUGACCUGAGCCGAAGUUGGACGUUUAACCAACUGAGCCACCCAGGUGCCCCUGUAAUACACACUUUAAAAGAGCACCCACAGCUGCUUGAAGCUACCAAAGUGGGCUGGUGCAACAACCUUGUGUGAUAGGAUGUCCAGUUAAAUUUGAACUUCGGAUAAGCACUGAAUAAUUUUUUAAUGUAAGUUUGCCUUCCCUUGUUAACAGUUUGGCUAUAUUCUUCUAGAACUUUCCUGUGCAUAUUCCAGUCUACACAUAGAAAUCUUAAAAAGUGGAAUGAUACUUACUUUUACUAGUUGCUGUUUCCCCUUUCUAUUAUCUGUACAUUUAGAUCUAACUCAUUCUUUUGAAAGCUGCAUGGUGUUUCACGGCAUGGACUCACCACAGUUUAUUUCAAUGUUCAUGACGGCUGUGUGAGUUGUUAGCAAUCUUUAUUCAUUAUAGAAAGUGCUACUACAUAUAUCCUUAUAUACACAUCUUUGAGUAGUUCUGAAGUAUGAAGCCCUAAGAUGGGCACUGUGAUGGAAAAGGACAUGCCUUCAAUCAGGAAUGCUAAAAUGCCUUCAAAAAGGGUAUCGUUUUGGGGUGCCUGUGUGGCUCAGUCGGUUAAGCAUCCGACUUUGGUCAUGAUCUCACGGCUCGUGGGUCCAAGCCCCACAUUGGGCGCUGUGCUGACAGCUCAGAGCCUGGAGCCUGCUUAGGAUUCUGUGUCUCCGUCUCUCUUUCUGCGCCUCCCCUGAUCAUGCUCUGUCUCUGUCUCUCUCAAAAAUAGAUGAACAUUUAUUUAAAAAAAAUUUUUUCUAAAAAGGGCAUUGUUUUAAACUUUCACAAAAAGUAUUUUAGGGUUCCUAUUUCACCUUGCCAGCCAUUAAUAAUUUCAUCUUUGGUUAUGUAAUAGGAGAAAUAAUCCAUUUUCAUAGCAAAUAGAGAAAUAAAUUGGGAGCAGAUUCCCUUUAGAAGCACUGAAUAAGAGAGAAAUUUAUCCAGUCAGCAGAAGAAAAUAGAUUACUUCCUUUCAAAAGGAAAUUUGGGGCACCUGGGUGGCUCAGUCAGUUGAGCAUCCGACUGUCAGUUUUGGCUUAGGUCAUGAACUAACGGUCGUGAGGUUGAGCCCGUGUUGGACUCUGUGCUGACAGUGUGGAGCCUGCUUGGGAUUCUCUUUCUCCCUUUCUCUCUCUGCUCCUCCCCCAUGCGCAUGCUCUAUCGAAAUAAGCAAACGCUUUAAAAAUAGGAAAUUUGAUUUGUAGCCGUUUGGGAAAAUAAAUGCGUGAAAUUCAAACUCAAACCCUUGGUUUUGAAUAGGAACGUCUAAAAACAGAGACAGUUACACAGGAAUGGACUAGGAGAGCUGAAUUUCAUCCUUCAUUACUGGCCAUACACCUUCAUCUGACUUCUUCAAUUCAUAACCCAUUCCUUUAAACUUUCCCCACUUGUGGAACACCACACAGUAGGCUUAUCAUAGUUUCCACUACCCCCUUCAGAAUACCAUGGCAUUUGUUUUGUUUCCUUUAUGCUUCAGAAAGGAAAGUGGUGACCACAAACUAGAGGUGAUCAUAUGCCCUGAUGCAUUGGGCAAGAGGUUUCCCAUGGUGCUGUCUCUUCUUGGUGUAAAGGCACAGAGUUUGUUUUUUUUUUUUUUUUUCCCCUCAUUUUCUCCCCAUUGGCUGUCCAGAGAGGCUGGGAAGUAUUACUGUGCAAAAACCCCAACAACCCUCACUCCUGUCCAAAUAAAGGAAACCCAACCAAAACAAUUCCAAGCUUGAAGCAAUUCUCUUCAAGAGAAGAACGUGUAUCUUAGAAGCUACCCCUUAGUGGCUUCCAAUUACCGGGACUCAUUAAGAUCUUCACACAUUAAAAAAAAAAAAAAUGUUUUCAUACCCAUUUUUCUCUGCUGAAAAAUCAGCUGUUCCUUUCCAUUCUGAAAUCUCAUAUUGACUUUAAAACCAUGUUGGGUCAGGAAGCAAACAUUUACAAGGUCUAGGAUAAAAACAGGAGGUCUGACAAAGCCGAAGACAUAGGAGUUAAGAAUGGGCAAAAGAAGAAAAGUCUAAGGGAGGGCAACAAAUGAGAAAAUACAACGCUGUUUCUGUUGACGAGGGUUACCAAUGGUGCCCCAGGUACUGUUUCAUUUUUUAUUGUUCCUCCUCCUACAAACUCAAACUCCUUGCAGACUGGACAAUGUCUUAUUCAUCUUUGUUUUCCCAACACCCAGCAGGAUACCUGACAAACAGUCUGUGUUCAGGAAAUAUUUUUUGGCCUGAAUCACAAGCCACACUAGACUACUAAUGAACAUUCUAAAGUUUAAAUUUCAUAGCUAGUCUCUGGGCAUAGGUAUAUUUAUGGCCAGAAGACUUCUAUAGAUAAGCCUUUAAGUUGAUCCAGGUGCCUGUAAAAGAUGCAGAUUCCCUGGCCCCACCCCAGAGAUUCCAAUACAAGUGGUCUGGGAGGGGUGGGUGGGGCCCUGGGAAUCUGCAGUUUUCACCGAUGGCUCAGGUGUUUCGGAUCCAGCUUGGGAACUGAAGGCAGCUUGUAAACUAGCCCAUCAGAUGCCAUACGCCCUGGAAUUGCCCUGGUAUAUCCUAGUAUGGCUGUGGUAUUUUAGACUUUGUGCCUUGUAGCUUGAUCUGAAACGAACAUAUAACCAUACCAACAUGUAAAUGUACCAAAGAUUAAACAAGAAGAUAGUGAUCACAGUGCACCAAGAUUCCUAAGAACCUUGGAUCUCAAAUGUCCAGUCUUCUUGGCAGGUCUGCAGAUUUCUGAGAGCUCCAGUCCCUAGAGACCUAACAGGGGACAUACAUGGAGGAACACCAAUCAAGACAUGCUUAACUGCCUUAGGUGGGAGCUUCUGAACCUGUUAACUGCUUACAGAUCAUUAACAGUUUGAAGGAGAUGGGUCAAGGAGAGGAAAGAUUGAAUGUGUUAAUAGGAAAACAAAAUGUUACUACACAUAUGAGAGGUUCAAGUUUUCUAAUAAACAAAGAAAUGUUUGUUAAAACCACACUGAGAAAUGGGGGGGAACCCAUGUCUGCAAAUGUGAGCUCCCUGGGCAGAAAUUCAGAAUGGACUAAAAUGGUAGGCGCCCCUAAUCUGAAGUCAAUAAUCAGGGAUGAAUAGCUAGCAUUGUUAAUUACAACACUUGUAAUUAAUUACAAGUGAGAAUGACUUCUGCCAGCAUACUGGGAUCCACUCAUAGUCACAGACCCAGCCUUAAUCAAGACUCCUAGCUAGGAGAAUGCACUGAAAAUACACCGAAACCAGGAAAGCAUUUGUAUUGGCCCUUUGUGGAUUUCUUUUGCUCAGUAGAACCUCUGAGGAAGGUGGGUUUAUUUGCUGUCAUUCCCACGGCAUAGAUAAGUAAACUCAGGUGCCAAGGGGUCCCUUGGCAUACCCACUAACUCCUCCAUAGUAAAAGUGCUCUAAGGGUAAAUGUCUCGUGUCCUCCCCCCACCACAGUGACUCAACAAGAACAAUGCAAUACCACAAAUCUGUCUGUUGUUGAACAUUCCAUUUGACCCUCACUAUACUCUUUUCAUUUAGGUAAGGUCGACACACAUCUUUUCUACACAGGCGGUAACUGAGGGGAAAAAGUAUCAUGACAAAUCUACAGGGCUGUAAAAGGCAGCGAGUGGAGGUGGAGCCCAGAUCUGACUCCACAAGUCAGAAGCUCAGAUAAGGCUUUGCUAGCGGGGCCUGCAAGGCAAGGAUGAAAGCCCGACGGGCUGUGGAGCGCUCACAGUCCCAGAAAUCCUGGAUUGAAGGAGUGUUCAACAAGAGAGAAUGUAGCAAAAUCAUACCUAGCUCAAAAGACCCUCACAGAUGCACCGCAGGAUGCCAGGUCUGCCAGAAUUUAAUCAGGUGUUACUGUGGGCGAUUAAUUGGAGACCAUCAUGGGAUAGAUUAUUCCUGGACUAUCUCAGCUGCCAAUGGUAAUGAAAAUGAGCAAUGGUCUGUUGAAAAGCACACAACGAAAAGCCCUACAGAUACGUUUGGCACUAUUAAUUUUCAAGACGGAGAGCAUACCCACCACUCCAAGUAUAUUAGAACAUCUUAUGAUACAAAGGCAGAUCAUCUAUUACAUUUAAUGUUGAAAGAGUGGAAGAUGGAACUGCCCAAACUGGUGAUCUCUGUCCACGGGGGCAUCCAGAACUUCAGGAUGCCGUCUAAGCUUAAAGAGAUCUUCAGCCAAGGUUUGGUCAAAGCUGCGGAGACAACAGGAGCAUGGAUAAUAACUGAAGGCAUUAAUACUGGUGUGUCCAAACAUGUUGGGGAUGCCCUGAAAGCCCAUUCCUUCCGGUCCUUGAGAAAAAUCUGGACAGUUGGAAUCCCUCCUUGGGGUGUCAUUGAGAACCAGAGAGAUCUUAUUGGAAAAGAUGCGGUGUGCCUGUACCAGACUCUGGGCAACCCCCUCAGCAAGCUCACCACACUCAACAGCAUGCACUCCCACUUCAUCUUGUCCGAUGAUGGGACUGUGGGCAAGUAUGGAAAUGAGAUGAAUCUCAGGAGGAACCUGGAAAAGUACCUCUCUCUACAGAAAAUACAUAGCCGUUCAAGACAAGGCGUGCCUGUGGUGGGGCUGGUGGUAGAAGGAGGUCCCAAUGUCAUCCUCGCGGUGUGGGAGACUGUGAAAGACAAAGACCCGGUGGUGGUGUGUGAAGGCACAGGCAGGGCGGCCGACCUCUUGGCCUUCACCCACAAACAUUUAGCAGACGAAGGGAUCCUACGUCCUCAGGUGAAGGAGGAGAUCAUCUGCAUGAUUCAGAGCACUUUCAACUUUAGUCUUAAGCAGUCCAAGCACCUUUUUCAAAUUCUCAUGGAGUGUAUGGUGCACAGGGAUUCUAUGACCAUAUUUGAUGCUGAUUCUGAGGAGUCACCAGACCUUGAUUUAGUAAUCCUAACAGCUCUGCUAAAAGGCACAAAUUUAGCAGCAUCAGAACAAUUAAAUCUGGCAAUGGCUUGGGACAGAAUGGACAUUGCCAAGAAACAUAUCCUAACUUAUGGACAACAUUGGAAGCCUGGCACACUGGAGCAAGCAAUGUUAGAUGCUUUGGUGAUGGAUCGAGUGGAUUUUGUGAAGCUCCUAAUAGAAUAUGGAGUGAACCUCCAUCGCUUUCUUACCAUCCCCCGACUGGAAGAGCUCUAUAAUACAAAACAAGGACCAACCAAUAUGCUCUUGCAUCAUCUCGUCCGAGAUGUAAAGCAGCAUGCCCUUCUCUCAGGCUACAGAAUAACACUGAUCGACAUUGGAUUGGUCAUCGAAUACCUCAUUGGUGGAGCUUAUCGCAGCAGCUACACUAGAAAAAGUUUCAGAGCCCUCUACAACAACCUCUACAGAAAACGUAAGGUGCCACAAUUGCAAGUGACCAGUUUUGCUGAAAGCCGUUCCCAGCCCCCUCUGCACCGAAGACGUCCCUCAGGAAAUAGAAAGGAAUCCGCAGAAAGCACUCUGCACUCCCAGUUCAUUAGAACCGCCCAGCCUUACAAAUUCAAGGAAAAGUCUGUAGUCCUUCAUAAAUCAAGGAAGAAGUCAAAAGAAGAGCAAAAUAUAUCAGAUGACCCUGAGUCUACUGGCUUUAUUUACCCUUACAAUGACCUAUUGGUUUGGGCUGUGCUAAUGAAAAGACAGAAGAUGGCCAUGUUCUUCUGGCAGCAUGGAGAGGAGGCCACGGUCAAGGCAGUGAUUGCUUGUAAACUCUACCGAGCCAUGGCCCAUGAAGCUAAGGAGAGCAACAUGGUGGAUGAUGCCUCAGAAGAGUUGAAAAAUUACUCAAAACAGUUUGGCCAGCUUGCCCUGGAUGUGUUGGAGAAGGCAUUCAAGCAGAAUGAAAGAAUGGCCAUGAAACUGCUGACCUACGAACUCAAGAACUGGAGCGAUGCCACCUGUCUGAAACUGGCCGUGUCUGGAAGGUUGCGGCCCUUCGUUUCACAUACUUGCACCCAGAUGCUGCUAACAGACAUGUGGACUGGGCGCCUGAAAAUGAGGAAACAUGCUUGGCUAAAGAUCAUCAUAAGUAUUCUUUUUCCACCCACCAUUUUGUCAUUGGAAUUUAAAAGCAAAGCAGAGAUGUCACAUGUUCCCCAAUCCCAGGACUUCCAGUUUGCGUGGUAUUAUGGUGACCAGAACGCCAGCAAUGCCAAAGAAAGUGCUUAUACGAAAGACCGUGAUUUGGAGAGAGGCCCUGAUGAGAAACUAGAUGAAAAUCAGCACUUUGAUUUAAAGAGUGGUCCCCAAAGCCUCCCAUGGACCAGGAAAAUCUAUGAGUUCUACAAUGCUCCAAUUGUCAAGUUUUGGUUUUACACGAUGGCAUAUUUGGCAUUCCUCAUGCUGUUCACUUACACUGUGUUGGUGGAGAUGCAGCCCCAGCCCAGCGUGCAAGAGUGGCUUGUUAUCAUUUAUAUCUUCACCAAUGCCAUUGAGAAGGUCAGGGAGGUCUGUAUUUCAGAACCUGGGAAGUUUACUCAAAAGGUGAAGGUAUGGAUUAGUGAGUACUGGAACCUAAUAGAAACUGUGGCUAUUGGCCUGUUUUCAGUUGGUUUUGGCCUUCGGUGGGGUGACCCUCCUUUGCACACAGCGGGAAGACUAAUCUACUGCAUAGACAUCAUAUUCUGGUUCUCACGGCUCCUGGACUUCUUUGCCGUGAAUCAACACGUAGGUCCAUAUGUGACCAUGAUUGCAAAAAUGACCGCAAACAUGUUCUACAUUGUGAUCAUGAUGGCCAUCGUCCUGCUGAGCUUUGGAGUGGCACGCAAGGCCAUUCUUUCACCAAAGCAACUGCCAUCUUGGAGCCUUGCUCGAGAUAUUGUAUUUGAGCCAUACUGGAUGAUAUAUGGAGAAGUCUAUGCUUCAGAUAUAGAUGUUUGUGCAAGCCAUCCGUCUUGCCCUCCUGGUUCUUUUCUUACUCCGUUCCUCCAAGCUGUCUACCUCUUCGUGCAGUAUAUCAUCAUGGUGAACCUGUUGAUUGCUUUUUUCAAUAAUGUUUACGUGGAUAUGAAAUCCAUUUCCAAUAAACUAUGGAAGUACAAUCGCUAUCGCUACAUCAUGACUUAUCACAAGAAGCCUUGGCUGCCACCACCUUUCAUCCUGCUGAGCCAUGUGGGACUCCUCCUUCGCCGUCUUUGCCAUCAUCGAGCUCCAAACGACCAAGAUGAGGGUGAUGUUGGAUUAAAACUCUACCUGAGUGAUGAGGAUCUGAAGAGACUUCAUGACUUUGAAGAACAGUGUGUGGAAAUCUACUUCCACGAGAAGAUGGAAAGACUGAAUUACAGCUGUGAGGAACGAAUCCGAGUAACAUCAGAAAGGGUUACAGAGAUGUACUUCCAGCUGAAAGAAAUGAACGAAAAAGUGUCUUUUAUAAAGGACUCCUUACUGUCCUUGGACAGCCAAGUGGGGCACCUGCAGGACCUCUCUGCCCUAACGGUGGAUACCCUAAAAGUCCUUUCUGCUGUUGACACCUUACAAGAGGAUGAGGCUCUCCUGGCCAACAGAAAGCAUUCUACUUGCAGAAAACUUCCCCACAGCUGGAGCAAUGUCAUCUGUGCAGGGGUUCUAGGCAGCAUGGAGAUCUCUGGGGAGAAGAAAUAUCAGUAUUAUAGCAUGCCUCCUUCUUUGCUGCGGAGCCUGGCCAGAGGUCAGCAUACCCUAAGAGUACAGAGGGGACCCCUUCUUGAGAUUACAGACAUUCAGAGAAAGGCUUCAAAUAUAAGAGAUGAGCAGGAAAAGCAAGACACAGAAACUAGUGUAGUUGCUUCUGGAGUGUCCCUUUACACACAAACACACCCAAAGCAUGGCCAGUUUCUUCUGGUCCCCUCUUAUCUAAAGCAAGUUCCUUUUUCUGAGGAAAUUGACUUGCCCCUGUUCAGACCAUCUGUGGAAGCAGGUAUAGAUGUGAUGGCAACUGAACAGGUCGCCCAGAAUGAGGUCCCUGUUCAUCUGACUUGGCAGACCCCAGGUAUCUCAGCUCAGGGCUCAGUGGCUGAACCCAAGGAACAGUACGAGUCAAUUGCUCACACACCAGCCAGAGAAGACAAGGGGGAGCAAGUUCCACCCACUUUGAUUUGCACACCAGCACCCAUGCAAGUGACCUCCCUCCCUUCUCAAGCUGAAAGCAUGCAAGUUGGAGGUGGAUAUGUGAACUGGGCAUUUUCAGAAGGUGAUGAAACUGGUGUGUUUAGCAUCAAGAAAAAAUGGCAAACCUGCUUGGCCUCCACUUGUGGUGGUGAGGAGAAUGACCAAUGCCAGAAGCAGAUCCGGGUCAGAUCCCUGUCUGAUAACUCAUCAAGCUUGGCCCAGAGUAGCGAUUGCUCAGAAGUGGGACCAUGGCUGCCGCCAAACACAUCCUUUUGGAUCAAUCCUUUCUGCAGAGAUAGGCCCUUCACUCGGAGUCAUAGUUUGAGAUUCCACAAGGAGGAGAAACUGAAGAUCUGUAGGAUUAAAAAUCUUUCAAGAUCCUCAGAGAUCAGGCAGUCAGCAUGGAUCAGGACAAAAAUGCUAAUCAAGGAUAGGAGGUUGUCAAAGAAAAAGAAGAAAACACAAGGGCUACAGGUGCCAGUCAUAAUGGUCGAUACCUGCUCCCCAAGCGACCAGUUGAAUUCCGAGCCAGGAGAAAGUAACAUCUCAGAAGAAGAGGAGUGCAGCAAGAACUGGCUUACGGUGUCCAAAUAUAGUCAGAUAAGUCUAGAACCCCCUAUAUAUCAGAAAAUGAAAACUAAAGAAAUUGAACGGCAUGCUGUACAAGUCAGUGAUUAUCUAAAGCAGUCUCAAGAGGAUCUGAGCAAAAACUCCUUGUGGAACUCCAGGAGCACCAGCUUCAAUAGGAACUCCCUGUUGAGAAGUUCAAAUGGAGUUGACAAAAUCUCAGCCUCCUUAAAAAGCCCUCAAGAGCCUCACCAUCAUUAUUCAGCCAUUGAAAGGAAUAAUUUAAUGAGGCUUUCUCAGACUAUACCAUUUACACCAAUCCAACUGUUUGCAGGAGAAGAGGUAACUGUCUACAGGCUGGAGGAGAGUUCCCCUUUGAAUCUUGGGAAAAGCAUGUCUUCUUGGUCCCAACGAGGGAGAGCCGCAAUGAUCCAGGUGCUGUCCCGAGAGGAGAUGGGCGGCGGGCUCCGCAAAGCCAUGAGGGUCGUCAGCACCUGGUCCGAGGAUGAUGUUCUCCGGCCAGGGCAGGUUUUCAUCGUGAAGUCCUUUCUACCUGAGGUUGUGCAGUCAUGGCACAGAAUCUUCCAGGAGAGUACUGUGCUUCAUCUUUGCCUCAGGGAAAUUCAACAACAAAGAGCUGCUCAAAAGCUUAUCUAUACUUUCAACCAAGUGAAACCACAAACCAUUCCCUACACGCCAAGGUUUCUGGAAGUUUUCUUAAUCUACUGCCAUUCGGCUAACCAGUGGUUGACCAUUGAGAAGUAUAUGACGGGAGAGUUCCGGAAGUACAACAAUAACAAUGGUGAUGAAAUUGCCCCCAGCAACACCUUGGAGGAGCUGUUGUUGGCUUUCUCUCACUGGACCUAUGAGUAUACCCGGGGAGAGCUGCUGGUUUUAGAUCUGCAAGGUGUUGGGGAAAAUUUGACUGAUCCAUCUGUUAUAAAACCUGAAGACAAACAAACUUAGGAAAUGGGAACAAAAAGAACAUAUGGAAAUAAGAUGAAAUUUGGAGUUAAUACACAUAAAUGGAAAAUAUAAAGACCAAUGCCGUAACCAAUGCAAAUUUAACUCUGAGUUUUCUGGUGGCCCAAACAAAAGAGAAAUAUGGGUAGGUUCAGCUUCUAUAGGCUUUGACACGAAAACAGUUAGUGUCAUAGGAGAAGCAAAGAUUUCGUUGUUGUCUUCUCAUUGGAGUCACUGCAUCUCACGUCUUCGAUCACAUGCCUAUAAAUUGAAAGGCAUCGAGUGUGCUAUUCAGUCACAGCAAAUCUACAAGAGGCCAAGAAAACAAGGCUUAAAUAUGAAGCAUCAGACUGACUAAAUUCAGGGAUGCAGUUUAAAUUCCACAGAAGAAUGAGUCAUCUGCCUGUCCUUUGAAUUCCCAUGGGCAUUUGGUCCCGGAAGUAGGCUUUGGGGAAAGCUUGGCAGCGGAGGGUCUGAGGUUUUAUUCUUCUGUUAAAGGUGAUCAAAGGGACUUUGAUCAAAAUGGUUAAGGACUGAUCAAAAUGGCCGACAACAGUGCUUCCCAAACAUGAGCUUCCCUCACAAUCAAUCACCAGGAGAGCUGGUUGUGAUUCAGUGGGUUUGGGGUGAGGUCAAAUAAGGUAACAAGUUUCCAGACGAUUCUGAUGCUGCUGGCCUGGAGACGACACUUUGAGAACUGCUAGCAUAUGGUAGCUUGACCUCUCAGUUGUCCUAAAUGUCUGUACUUGGCCCCUGGGUUGUAGAAAAUAGAUAUGAAAUGAUCUAUGUGGUCAGUCUUCAUACAAUAACACCUGAAAUUUUUACCUCUCUCCCAUAACACUCAUAUUGUAAACAUUUGUUGCUUUAAUGUGCUAUUUUUUCCCCCUCAACUAUUUACUCUAAAUAUAUUCUCAUGUGUAGGGCAUCUAUGCCAAGAGGUUCAUCUAAAAGUGUUUUAGCUAUUUCUUUGGACUAGGUGAGUUAGAGAAGAUAAAGGUCAUCCAUAAUGCUCCUAUGCAUACAGUUUCUAUGAUAUUUGAGCAUAGAAUGCAUAUUGUAACCUUUAGGGUACAGAUAAAGUCUUUAUUAUUUUUUAUUUUAGCAGAUAUUAUUUUAGGAUAUUAUUUCUUCCAUAGCACCAUGUGCCCAAGGGUUUAGAGUACGGACCUUGUACUAUACAUAGUACUUCCUUGAUAAGUUUGCAGUGAAAAACUUUUUGCAUAAAGAAUGAACCAAGUUUAUGUAUACUUCAUCAUCUAUUACAUUUUUGACCUUGAUAUGUAUGUCAUUUAAAGUGACCUGAAUAUUUCCAACUUCUAGAAUUUAAGAAGCUUAUAUUAUCCCACUUGACAGUUGAGUAUUUAAUUGCAUUCUGUAGGCCAGGGGGUCUCGGUUUCUAUUAAGGUCACCUAGGAAACUAAAAAAAAAAAAAAAUGCUUCUCAGAAUGAGUAUCAAAUCAAAAUUUAUGGGGAUGGAGUCCUGAUGUUUGUAUUUUUUGAGAAGUCACCUAUGUGAUUCUGCUGGGCAACCAGGGGUAGGGACCUCUUGUCUUACGGCAGACUCUAUUGUUUAUGACUUGAAGGUAGGAACUUUGGAAACUGAUCGGAUGGUGUCACUGUAGCCUGCCUGGUUUGGUGGGGUUACCUCAUUUUGGGUGCAGUGGGUUUUCCUGGUGAAGGUAACUAUUUUCUCACAGUGGUGGCAGGUCGCGUGUAAUUGGUUCAACGAGGCACACGUUUUUGAGCGCCUUGUGUGACCAACCUGCCACAGCCCAGUGACAGCAGCACCUGGGAGAUGGUCAGACAUGCAAACCCUCACGACCCUCCCUAGAGCUACCGAAUCAGAGUCUGAACUUUGACAAGAUCUGCAGGCGAUUUGGUGGAACUGGAAGUUUGAGAAGUGCCUGUUGAAGCAAGUGCCUUCCCGUGACGCUUGCUUUGCCCUUCACAACAACCUUGGAAGUAGGCGUCCUCCUUCCCAUUCCCAAAUGAGAAAGCUAAAGCCUGGUGAAGACGCUUAACUUGCCUACGAGGAUGAGGGGCCAAUGAAAGGGAAAAACCCUCUACCAAAGGAGAAGAUUUUUUGUGGUACGGCUUCUACUCUAUAGUGCCUCUUGUCUCUGCUCUCUCGCCAGACUUGCGCAUGUGAGGGCACAGUCAGGGGGCUUCUCCCCCGAAGCCUGUCUGGCCACUUGGUGUGCUUCCUGGGGGUCACCAAGCCUCACUGGAGGCUGCCUCAGUCAUUGGCAGUUAGGGAUUGUUUUCUACUCACUGCUUUGAUGGCUUGGGGCGUUUGACAAGUCCGAAAUGACGACGGUGGUCAUUAGAUGUUCUUUACUAAAUCUGUGUGUACAUGGUGCUAAUUGGCAUUCUCUCACUUGUGGAACCAAACUACCACUUGCUUUUGCUGGGCUGUGAAAGAUCUGGAAAACAGUUUGUUGUUGUUGUUGUUGCUGUUUUUAAACUUUGCCAAGACCUCAAGGCUGUCGGCAUGCGGUAGGAUUGUACAUGCAACAGAUGCAUGUGAAUGAUUCUACGACCCCCUUCCCCUCUCCUCUGUACAGGGAGUGGCCAGACCCCUCAUACAGGCAUUUUAGAGUAACUUUGAUUCUUUUGCGUUAACUUUCACAAAGCUCAUGGAGGGAAAUUGUUUAGCUUAAAGCUUUUAUCUGAGAAUCAAUGUUACAUCCCUAAGUGGGCGGGGGUGCGUUCUGCUUUACUGGGAAGAAAGGAAUGGCAGUAAGGAAUCCAAGAAUGAAGUAUUCCCAACAGGGUCCCGCUUGACAGAAUAUACGAGGAAUGACUGAAAUAACACUUUCAUUUUUCACUCUAUUGGCAUCGUAAGAGAUUUGGUACAAAAUAUCGAGCGAUUCUACUUUUUCUUUUUUUUUUCUCCCACAUUUGAUUUCACCAGAUGUACUGAAAAAGAGGAAUAGUUAACUAGAGGUAGCUUACGCAGCCGGGUAAAUACCACCAGAGCCGCACUUUGUGAGGGCGAUCGAGUGACCAGGAAAGUUAAUCCUGGGUGUCUGUUCACGUUGUCUUCCCAAGAGAUUUCCUCCACCUCCCAGCCUCAGAGCAACGAGGCAACCUGAGAUCAAACUGACAUCAGCCCUCAUUCUGAGCUUGGCACAUCUUCAGAGCAGCUACUGUUGUUCUGCCAAAAGGAAGUGGAAAUUGAGAUAAAUGUUUCAAUACUCAGAUGGAAAAAAAAGUUUUUUUACACCACGUCCCUUUUUGAAAAACCACAUUCCUUAGAAGCGGAGUUUAUUGUUUCCUUUUGUGAUAGUUUGCUUUUCUUUUUUCCUUAAGACGUGGCAUUUAAGAGUGGUAAUUGAGUUCAGAUUUUAAAAUGUGCCGUUUCCACUCUGCAUGUCAUUAAAGUGUUAGCUUCCCUAAAGUUGCUUUGGAUGUGCUCCUGGUGUACUCUGUUUCACGGUGUGCAGAGCAUCCGCCUAAAGAAAUCGUUGUCUGUGACAACGACAACGACCUUAUCAUGGACAAACUUUGAGGCUGGAAUCUGCCAGGGAUCUGCUUUAUGGAGUAUUCAGAAGGUGCCUCAUCUACGCUGGUUCUGUCUGUAAUUUUGUCACCUACAAUUAGCGUACGUAGUUCACUUCCACAAAGUCAAUGCCUCCCCGUGGUCUUGUCUUUCCACAAAGAGCCCAGCUAUAGCAGUUUGCAGGAUAAAAUCCAUCUGUCCGAAGCACCGUGAGUGCUGGAAGUAGGGUCUUGUCAGGCAUUUAUUUUUGAGGAUAUCAAUUAUUUUCAGAAAAGCAUUUGGGUUUGAAACAAUGUUUAUGGAUCUUUUCAGAAGGUGUGUUCCCAUAGUACGUUUAUUUUACUUUGUACCUCACCUUUCGAGUAUUUUAGUAGAACAUUUGGUCAUGAAUGUCACUCACUCUCACCCCAUAGGCAUUAAAAAAGGGUCUCACUGUAUUUUGUUUUAAUGCGGUACAUAGAAAAUUCACUCUUCUUCUAUCAGAUUAGCGUUGAAAUGAGUUUCACAGUAGGUCUUGGAGUUGGGUACAAAGAUUUAAGUGCAUUUGAAUUUUAAAUUUGCAAACCUAACAUUGUUGCUUCCCCAAAGUGCUCUAUUCUUUGUGGGCUCCUUCAAGUUUACUGGGUUACUACGGGAUACUGUUCGGUAUCUCAGAGAAUCCUAGCUGAGCCCUUUUCCUUCACUGUGAUCUCAUUGAUAUUCUGAUA